ACAUCACAUGUUAAAGGAAGUGAAAAUGGACCCGAUCAUUUGACUGAAAAGAAAGAAAUAAACCUGGUUUGCUGCGUUUCUUCUUUGACCUGCAAAGACAAACAUCAGAGCAACGAGGAACAGAGUCCUGGAAAGAAUAACUUGAAUAGCUUUUGUUUCCUGCACAGUUGAAGAAGGAAAGUGUGUGUGUGAAUAAGCUCAUGUGAACUGAAUAGAAUGGAUGAAUGUAAGGACAGAAAAGAUGGACUCCUUCCAACUCUGCAAGAGGAACUUGAGAGUGAGAGAAAACCACCUGAGCCUGAACCCAACUGUGUGUCUGCUAAGAGUAGUGGGUCAAAGGACAACCCAUUUAGCAACUUUAAAGCUCAUUUCGCUUUGAGACAUGAGAUUCGAGAAAGAUCAUAUACUACUGAAUCUGGACCUAAUCGUCUGUCUUUCAAGAGCAACUGGUCGAACGAUCACCCACUGGUCAAUUUUCAGAGACAAUCUGCCUCUAAACUGGAAGAGCACCAACAGUCCUCAGACAUCUCCAGUGAUCAGUCAAACAAGAAUGACCAAACACAGCUGGACUCCAUAUUUAUGUUGCUUGAGGACCACAUUGUCACUUUUGUGAAGAAGGAGCUGCAAAAAAUUCAAAACGUUUUGAGUUUAGAUGACCCAGAAUUUUCAGUGAGUCAGACUGAUGGUGAGGAGGGCCUGGAGGAUGAAGAUGAAGAGCAGAAAAGGAGCAGUACAGAGGCUUUUGAGAAGAUCACAUUGUACUUCCUAAGGAGAAUGAAGCAAGAUAAUUUGGCCAACUGUCUACAAAGCAAACUUUUCGCUGCACUUUGUCAUCAAACACUUAAAUCUGGUCUGAAGAAGAAGUUCCAGUGUGUGUUUGAGGGAAUCGCUAAAGCAGGAAGUCCAACCCUGCUGAACCAGAUCUACACUGAGCUCUACAUCACAGAGGGAGGAACUGGAGAGGUCAACCAGGAACAUGAGGUCAGACAGAUUGAAACAGCUUCUAGAUCAACAGAUAGGCCAGAAACAACCAUCAGACGAGAAGACAUCUUUUUAGUCCAAUCAGGAAGAGAUCAACCAAUCAGAACAAUGAUGACAAAGGGAGUGGCUGGCAUUGGGAAAACAGUCUUAACACAGAAGUUCACUCUGGACUGGGCUGAAGAGAAAGCCCACCAGAACAUCCAGUUCAUAUUUUCAUUUAAUUUUAGAGAACUUAAUUUGCUGAAAGAGAAAAAGUUCAGCUUGGUGGAAUUGAUUCAUCACUUCUUUACUGAAACCAAAGGAAUCUUUAGCUUUGAACAGUUCCAGGUUCUGUUCAUCUUUGAUGGUCUGGAUGAGAGUCGACUUGGUCUGGACUUCAACAACAAUCCGAUCCUGACUGAUGUUACAGAGUCCAGCUCAGUGGAUGUUCUGCUGACAAACCUCAUCAGGGGGAAACUGCUUCCCUCUGCUCUCCUCUGGAUAACCACACGACCUGCAGCAGCCAAUCAGAUCCCUGCUCAGUGUGUUGGCAUGGUGACAGAGGUCAGAGGGUUCACUGACCCCCAGAAGGAGGAGUACUUCACGAAGAGAUUCAGAGAUGAGGAACAGGCCAACAUCAUAAUUUCCAGCAUCAAGACAUCAAGAAGUCUCCACAUCAUGUGUCACAUCCCAGUUUUCUGCUGGAUCACUGCUACAGUUCUGGAGGAUUUGCUGAAACCACAAAAUGGAAAACAGCUGCCUAAGACCCUGACUGAGAUGUAUAUCCACUUUGUGGAAGUUCAGGCUAAAGUGAAGAAGGUCAAGUAUGAUGGAGGAUCUGAAACAGAUCCACCCUGGAGUCAAGGGAGCAGGAAGAUGAUAGAGUCUCUGGGAAAACUGGCUUUUGAUCAGCUGCAGAAAGGAAACCUGAGCUUCUAUGAAUCAGACCUGACAGAGUGUGGCAUCGAUAUCAGAGCAGCCUCAGUGUACUCAGGAGUGUUCACACAGAUGUUUAAAGAAGAGAGAGGGCUGUACCAGGACAAGGUGUUCUGCUUCGUCCAUCUGAGUGUUCAGGAGUUUCUGGCUGCCCUUUACGUCCAUCUAUCAUUUGUUAAACAUGGCAUUAACCUGCUGGAAGAAAAACACAAUUCACUUAAUUGGUCUUCACUUUUUAAACAUCCGAAACAACAACAUUUACAUCAGAUCGCUGUGGACAAGGCUUUAGAAAGUCCAAAUGGUCACCUGGACUUAUUUCUCCGUUUUCUCCUGGGUCUUUCAGUGCAGACCAACCAGACUCUCCUACGAGGCCUGCUGACUCAGACAGGAAGCAGCUCUCAUGCCAAUCAGAAAAUAAUUCAGUACAUCAAAGACAAAAUCAGUGAGAAUCAGUCUGCAGAGAAAAGCAUCAAUCUGUUUCACUGUCUGAAUGAACUGAACGAUCAUUCUUUAGUAGAGGAGAUCCAACAGUCUCUGAGUUCAGGAAGUCUCCCCACUGGUCAAUUGUCUCCAGCUCACUGGUCAGCUCUGGUCUUCAUAUUAUUGUCAUCAGAAAAAGAUCUGGAUAUAUUUGACCUCAAGAAAUACUCUGCUUCUCAGGAGGAUCUUCUGAGAUUGCUGCCGGUUGUCAAAGCGUCCAAAAAAGCUCUACUGGGUGACUGUAACCUUUCAGAAAGAAGCUAUGAGGCUCUGGCCUCAGUCCUCUGCUCUGACUCCUCUAACCUGAGAGAGUUGGACUUGAGUAACAACAACCUGCAGGACUCAGGAGCAGAGCAGCUGUUGUCUGGACUAAAGAGUCCAUACUGCAAACUAGAAAUCCUCAGCCUCAGGUCCUGUAAUCUCUCUCUGAGAACGUGUGAAGCUCUGUCAUUCAUUCUGAGCUCCCAGUCCUGUUGCCUGACAGAAGUUGACCUACGUAACAACAACAACCUACAGGACUCAGGGGAAAAGAUGCUUGCUGGUGAACUGAAAAUUUCCAAUUUUAUGCUUGAAAUUUUUAGGGAACCUGCUGGAGUCCGAUGGUUAAAACCUGGUCUGAGGAAGUAUUCUUGUCCGCUCAUAAUCGAUACAAACACAGUGAACGGAAAACUCCAGCUUUCUGAAGACAACAGGAAGGUGACCCUUGUGAAGGAGCUUCAGUCUUACAGCCAACAUCCAGACAGGUUUGAUGACUGGCCUCAGCUACUGUGCAGUAAUGGGCUGACUGGUCGCUGUUAUUGGGAGGUUGAGUGGGAAGGAGGGGUUUUUAUAUCAGUGAGUUACAGAAGAAUCAGCAGGAAGGGCCGCAGUGAUGAUUGUGUGCUGGGAUGGAAUGAUCAGUCCUGGAGUCUGCACUGCUCUGAUGACCGUUACUCCGUCUGUCACAAUAACAGAGGAACACCCAUCUCCUCCUCCUCUCCCUCCUCUGUCGCUAACAGAGUAGCAGUGUAUGUGGACUGUCCUGGUGGCUUUCUGUCCUUCUACAGAGUCUCCUCUGACUCCCUGAUUCACCUCCACACCUUCAAUCACACAUUCACUGAACCUCUCUACCCCGGAUUUGCAGUCUGGUGUUCUGGUUCCUCAGUGUGUCUGUUAAAUUGAGCAGGAAGACAAAAAAUAAAAUAGCCGCUCAGAGAAAAACUCUCAACAAAUAAUAGAGUUUGUGCUUGUCUCUGUUUUUCAUUAUGAUAUAAUCUUUGAAUUAAUGUUACUUUUUGAAAGUCUAGAAAUUAUUGCUGUUUGUAAGAAAAACAAUUCUUAGCAUCUUUUAAAGAUGAACUCUUACCACUAAUAACAUUAUUCUUAUGUUGUUUUUUAUAUUUCUUGUAAAUAAUAUGUGAAUCAACUAGUUAUGCUUGUUAUA